AUGCCAGAGCGUUCGGACAAAUCUCCUUUCAGUCUACUUUAUGAUUCCGCGGCAUCUAUUUCUUUAAAGGGGAAUUCAUAUGGACUACAGCCCAAUCAAUCCAAGACGUCUAGAUCCGACGCGCUCGAGAAUCAAAUUGCCGCUGGUCGAGGCACUCAUUCCUCUACUCGUUCUUCCAGUCGUGCCCCCCGUCGAUUAAGUGGAAGUACAGCCACUAGCUCCGUCAGUGAAGCGGAGUAUACGUCUCCGUCUAUUGGAAAAAUUGGUGUCUGUGCCCUAGAUGUCAAAGCGCGCAGCAAGCCAAGUCAGAAUAUCCUCACACGCCUUCAGUCCAAGGGUGGGUUUGAGGUGAUAGUAUUUGGUGACAAGGUCAUCCUCGAUGAGGCCGUAGAGAAUUGGCCUGUAUGCGACUUUCUCAUUGCGUUUUUCUCCGAUGGAUUCCCAUUGGAUAAGGCUAUUGCCUAUGCACGGUUACGAAAACCGUUCUGUGUCAAUGACUUGCCCAUGCAGAAGGUUCUGUGGGAUAGACGUCUUUGCUUGAGGAUAUUAGACCACAUGAAUGUCCCAACACCAAAAAGACUGGAGGUUAAUCGAGAUGGUGGACCAAUCCUGGAGUCUUCAGACCUCGCCCAACACGUACAUAAGCUCACGGGCAUCAAGCUCGAGGGCCCUGAGGAUGGUACUGGGGGGGGCGCUUCAAAAACGAGGAGUGUCGCAUUAUCGGACGAUGGGGAUUCUCUUAUAGUUGAUGGCAAACCUUUCAGGAAACCAUUUGUUGAAAAGCCCGUGAAUGGAGAGGACCAUAACAUUCAUAUAUACUUCCCUAAUGAUCAGCAGUACGGCGGUGGUGGAAGAAGGCUCUUCCGAAAAAUCGGUAACAAGAGCUCUGAAUACGAUCCAGAUCUUGUUGUUCCCAGGUCUGUCAAUGAAGACGGCACAAGCUACAUUUAUGAACAGUUUCUGAGAGUGGACAAUUCAGAGGAUGUCAAGGCAUAUACAGUGGGACCAGAUUUUUGUCACGCCGAGACUCGGAAAUCACCUGUGGUGGAUGGGCUUGUUCGCCGAAACACUCAUGGCAAGGAAUUGAGGUAUAUUACGCAGCUGAGCAAGGAGGAAGCCGCAAUUGCCUCCAAGAUAUCCAAUGGAUUUGGUCAAAGAAUCUGUGGAUUUGACAUGCUUCGAGUUGGAGAGAGAAGCUAUGUGAUCGACGUCAACGGCUGGAGCUUUGUCAAAGAUAACAAUGACUAUUACGACAGAUGUGCUAGUAUUCUUAAAGAAGCCUUUCUGAACGAAAAGCACCGACGUGAAGGGAACCAGGAGCAGACCGAAACAUUUACUCCCGAUACUGGCCAUCCCUGGAGAUAUUCAGUAUCCCACAGGCACACUUUAAGGACACUGCUUAAAUCCCCAAGCGCAUCAAAGAUUCAUGGAAACACACCAGGUCACCAAACUUCCGAGCCGUCAGAUUCUUCUGGCUUGUUGGCGCCUUCCUCCACUACUGAGGCUCGCGAUCAUGUGUCUAGCCACAAUGCCUCAUCUAUGCAUGAGAAACAUUCAGCGUCGAGCACCUACGUUUCCCCACCCAGUGCUUCACCAGUCAUGUCGAUAAAUCUAAACGAGGGGGCUCCACCUCCACCUCCUGCUUCCAAACAUUCCUGGAAACUGAAAGGCAUGGUGGCAGUUAUUCGCCAUGCAGACCGCACACCUAAACAAAAGUUCAAGUUUACGUUUCACAGCCAACCGUUCAUUGACCUGCUCAAAGGGCACCAGGAAGAGGUGGUUAUCAAAGGAGAAGCAGCCUUGGCUAGUGUGUCCGAUGCUGUCAGAGUCGCGAUGAAGAAUGGACUCGAAGAUAUGGAUAAACUUAAAUUGCUACGCACAUCUCUGCAGAAGAAGGGAGGCUGGCCUGGAACAAAGGUGCAGAUCAAGCCGAUGUUUCGUAAGAAGGAAUCCGAAAAACCAUGCGGACAAGACUUGCUAGCGAACCAGAUGGCACACACCGACAACACUGAGGAUGACACUACGUGCCCUACUCCCAUUGAGACGCCAUCAGGGACCAAGGACACGAGCAGAUCUCAAACACGAAGCGAUUCAAUAUCUGGUGCAACGUUUUCAAGGUUUUCCGCAGCCGAGAAUGACCUUGUCCUGGAUAAACUUCAACUUGUUAUCAAAUGGGGAGGGGAGCCUACACAUGCAGCACGCUAUCAGUCCCAAGAUCUGGGGCUUAAUAUGCGCGAUGAUCUGAAAUUGAUGAAUAAAGAGGCUCUAAACAACGUCCGCAUAUUUACCAGUUCUGAGCGAAGGGUGAGCACCAGCGCUCAAAUCUGGGCUUGUUCUUUUCUUGACCAAAAGGAGCUCCCGGAAGAUUUCAUACAAGUACGCAAGGAUCUUCUGGACGAUUCCAACGCAGCUAAGGACCACAUGGACAAGGUCAAAAAGAAGUUGAAGCUGCUUCUACGAGAGGGCUCCGCGCCGUCGCAGUUUACCUGGCCCAAAGACAAUAUCCCCGAGCCAUCGGUUGUCCUAGCCACAGUUGUCGAACUCAUGAAGUUCCAUCGCGACGUCAUGAGACACAAUUUCCAAAGACUUGAAAAACCGCCGCAUCAUGUCACGGAAUCAGAUGACUUUGAGGACCCUGCCUUGUCGGACAUGCACACAGAAAAUCCUGCCCUCGCUUCGAUUCAAGGGCGGUGGUGUACUGGCGAAGACCCAACUUUAUUCAAGGAAAGAUGGGAGAAGCUAUUCGCCGAGUUUUGUGACACCGAAAAGGUCGAUCCCAGUAAACUCUCUGAGCUCUAUGAUAGUAUGAAAUUUGACGCCCUUCAUAAUCGACCUUUUCUGGAAUGGGUUUUCAUGCCACCUGACGGCGAAGAAGUUGAUGCCAUCGAGGAUAAUAAACCUAGCAGCGAAGGAGCAAGUCAUGAAAGGGGCGAGGAAGUCCCCGACAACUCUACCCUCGCUCGUCGACUUGGAUUGAAAAAGAGAAUGCACGCGUUUGAAUCAAUGCCCCAUUUCAGAGUACUCGAUGAUACUUAUGAUCACUAUUUCAAGUUAUAUCCGGGAUCAAGCUCCACGAAAGCCAAAUUGGAUGGAAGACUCUCUAAGCUGAGGGAGCUAUACAAACUGGCAAAGGUCCUUUUUGACUAUGUCACUCCCCAGGAAUAUGGCAUCACAGACACCGAGAAGCUAGAGAUCGGCUUACUAACGUCUCUGCCUCUUCUCCAAGAGGUUGUGAGGGAUCUCGAAGAGGUGCAGGCCUCGCAGGAUGCCAAAUCCUUUUUCUACUUCACAAAGGAGUCCCAUAUCUACACUCUUCUAAAUUGCAUCCUGGAGGGUGGGAUACAGACCAAGAUAGCAAGAACGGCUAUUCCUGAGCUGGACUACUUGUCUCAGAUUUGCUUUGAACUUUAUGAGGCUAAGGACUGCGAAUCGUCAACGAACUCCUACUCGAUUCGUAUUUCAAUCAGCCCCGGGUGUCAUGCUUUUGAUCCUCUGGAUGUCCAGCUUGACUCCAGGCACGCGAUUGGCUGCGCCCCAAGACGAAGUUUGACUGCUCACCAGGAUUGGAAAGAGGUCAUCGAAACACUCAAGGCAAAAUUUGACACUGUGAAACUACCGCAGACAUUCAUCGCAGUAAAUUUAAGUGACAAGCAUGUGUCUAAUUAUUAG